UGUCAUUAGUCAGUCUUAUACCGCAAUGAACACACGUAAACUUUCAACUCAUGUGCUGGAAACGUCUUCAGGAAAGGCGGCAUCAAAUAUUAAAGUGACUGUUUACCGUCUGGACGAAAUUCAAGAAUGGAGAGCAAUUCGUCCAUCUCAAACAAACUCAGAUGGUCGCUGUCUGUUGUUGGACCAAGGCGAGUUUCCCAUGGGAAUCUAUAAGUUAACCUUCCAUGUGGGACCAUAUUUUGCCGCGAAAAAUAUGACAACUUUUUACCCAGCCAUAGACAUUAUUGUGGACUGCAAUGAAAAUCAAAACUAUCAUAUUCCACUUUUACUCAGCCCAUAUGGUUACACUACUUAUCGUGGAACAUAAUUCCCGAAAGAAUUUUAUGUGUGCUUAAAAUAAAAUGUUUAUUCAAAA